UGUACCUAACAAUGUUGAAAACUAUCUAUGGAAUUAUUCUUCGCGUCUGUUGAUUUAAUGUCGACCACGUGUUUGUAUUACAAAAAUUUAUAAGCAAUGGGGGAUUCAGACGCGGAGGCCCCGCAGAGGCGGCGCAGCAAGAAGAAGUCCCUGGGCGAGGUGCAGCAGGAGGGGGACUUCAAGCUGGAGCCGUCGUCGCAGACGUACCAGCUCGACACCUCGCAGUGGCCGCUGCUGCUCAAGAACUUCGACCACCUGAACGUGCGCACUGGCCACUACACGCCGCUGCCGUUCGGCUCGUCGCCGCUCAGGCGCGACAUCCGGGAGCACGUGGCCGCCGGCUACAUCAACCUGGACAAGCCGUCCAACCCCAGCUCGCACGAGGUCGUGUCCUGGGUCAAGCGCAUCCUCAAGGUCAACAAGACGGGCCACUCGGGCACGCUCGACCCCAAGGUCUCCGGGUGUCUGAUAGUGUGCGUGGAGCGCGCGACGCGGCUGGCCAAGUCCCAGCAGAACGCGGGGAAGGAGUACGUGUGCGUCUUCUCCCUCCACUCCCCCGUGGACGACGUGCAGAAGGUGGUGCUGGCCAUGGAGAAGUUGAGGGGCGCGCUGUUCCAGCGGCCGCCGCUCAUCUCGGCCGUCAAGCGGCAGCUUCGCGUGCGGACCAUCUACGAGGUCAAGCUGCUGGAGUUCGACCGCGAGAACAACACGGGGGUGUUCUGGGUGUCGUGCGAGGCGGGCACGUACGUGCGCACCCUGUGCGUGCACCUGGGGCUGCACCUGGGCGUGGGCGGCCAGAUGCUGGAGCUGCGGAGGAACCGGUCGGGCAUCCAGUCGGAGAACGAGGGCAUGGUGACGAUGCACGACGUGCUGGACGCCCAGUGGCUGUACGAGAACCACAAGGACGAGACGUACCUGCGCCGGGUCAUCCGGCCGCUGGAGGGGCUGCUGGUGGGCCACAAGCGGGUCAUCAUGAAGGACAGCGCGGUGAACGCGGUGUGUUACGGUGCCAAAAUCUUGCUGCCUGGCGUGCUGAGGUACGAGAACGGCAUCGAACUCAACGAGGAGAUUGUGAUUGUGACGACGAAAGGUGAAGCGAUAGCCCUGGGCGUAGCCCUCAUGACGACAGCCACCAUCGCGAGUUGCGAUCACGGGGUGGUCGCCAAGAUCAAACGCGUUAUUAUGGAGCGCGACACGUACCCCAGGAAAUGGGGGCUGGGGCCCAAGGCGUCUAUGAAGAAAUCCAUGAUCAAGCAAGGUCUCCUUGACAAGUACGGCAAACCGAACGAGAACACGCCUAAGGACUGGAGUCAGAGCUUCCCGGACUACAGUGUUGCCAAGAGCGGAGCCCCAGCCAGCAGUUCGAACAACGAUGAUGGAUCAUCUAAAAAGCGGAAGUUGAGCGAGAGCUCCAGCUCCACGGCGCCGGCGGGAGAUUUGUCCGCGAGCGGGAAGAAGAAGAAGAAAAAGAAGAGGAAGCAAGGGGAAGAAGGUGGUAUCGAUGCAGGCCUGCCAGUUGUCAGCACCGAAGAAACGUCUGUAAAAAAAGAGAAGAAAAAGAAGAAAAGCAAAGAGAGAGAAGAAACGGAGACAGAGUUGAAUGUUUCCGAGCAGCAGGACGUAUCCGCGCAAGGAGAGACACCCAAGAAAGAAAAGAAGAAAAAGAAAAAGAAGGAUAAAGACACCAGUGAUUAAAAAUAAGUGUAAUUCUUUUUUUAAAAAAAAAAGAACCUCUAAUGUUCUGUGUGACACAUGUUGGAAGAUGGUGCAACUGUGUGAGUGUGUGUGUGUGUCUGAACGUUGUUUUAGAAAGAUAUUUCAGCAGGAGUUAGUACUUUCGUAGUGAGUUGGUUUUGGGUGUCGGCCCGAUACAGCGUUGCGGUUGAUGCGAGUUCUACAGGUGCAAUUUCUCAGUGCCAUUUUCCAGCCUCUUUGAGAUCACAAGUCAGGCCCUCUACCUCCGUUGAUUCGACUAGCAUCAGGACGACAAACCGAACAUUGUGCUGUUCAGUUCUGAAACUUCAGCCGUUCAUGUAAAGUGUUUACCUUUCAGCGUGAUGCAGAACAUUGGCGAGCCAGGUUUUUGUUUUAAUGUCGCAGCGUAACUUCAAAAUAAAAGUCGUGCCCUAUUGGUUGAUAUAUUUGUUGCAGCAAAAUGCAGUGAUUAGAAGGACUAUGAUGCAGAUUGUGAAUUAGCGUUCUAGAACUUAUGAAAUGUUUUUUUUUUUUUAAGCCUAUAUGUGAUUAAAGUUUUACGUUUUACAUAUCAGUGGUUUUUGUACUCUUUGUGAAAAAUUUCUUUAAGUGCACUUUGCGUGUAUAUUUGGAACAUAAUUUAUUUAGGCAGAAUUGCAUGCCUGAAAAGUUUUUAGUAUAUUUUUUCUUGUAAUUUUUACUAAUCAAGCAGUAAAUGUCAAUUGAAUAACUUAUGAAACUUGGCAAUGAUCCAUCAAAUCACAUACGUAUAAAAAAAUUCUUUAAUCACAGUAUUUUCUUAAGGCACAGCAAUAAUAUAAAUACUGUUGCUUUAAUGCUAUUCUCCGUUCACUCUUAGCUGAGUUCUGAAAUAAACAAACACCGCCGUAUCACUGCGCCGCGUCAGCAAGUGAUAGGCUGAAUUUAUCUGGCGCGCCAAGCACUAGUUGCAACACGCACACUUCAGUACAGUCGGUGCUAAUAAAAUAACGGAGACGUAAUAUAACAGGAAGCACCGUAGCACUUUGUUCAGCGUAGGUGGUUCAUUUGCGAAGAAAAAACUGCACUUUACGCCUAAUAACCGUCUUCACAAAAUCAUCACAAGUUUUUAUAACAGGAUACUCAGGUUUCCUUUUCUUCCCGGAAGAUGUUAAUGUCCCGGUAUCCUGUAAUUCUUUCCUUGCACGAAGCACACUGCUCUUCGAAACACGCCUAAAUUCCGCAUACUUGCUGACACAUUAAACUGUAUUGGAAAUUAAUGAUGAAUCGCUAUAAUGCUAUAUAUCAACAAUUGUUAUAAAAAAGACAGUGUAAAAAUACUUACAAAUGGUACGUAACCAAGGGACUAUUUCUUGUGCACGAAUAAUGUGCGCGGCGGCCGGCAGCCAAUGAAAAUGUUUGUUUACAAGAGGCUUUGUUUAUUCCAAAACUCAGGUAAGAGUGAACGGAGAAUAAUAUGUUGUAACCAUAUUCAUUAUGAAGAGAUCUCUUUUUAUAAGUUAUAUUAUGUGUAUUAUUCAAAAGGUGAAAAUAUUAAUUCUGAUGAUAUUUUUUAAACUGCCAAAAAUAAAAUAGCUUUUUAAUAAAUCACUCAAAAAUUGUUCAACUUGUAGAUUUUUGUACUGAUAAAUAUCAAAAAGAAACGUGACUGCUACAGGAUUUCCAAGUUCAUAAAAUAUCAGGAAUUUAACUUGUAAUAUUGUUUCACAUACACAUAGUAAAAACUCUACACAAACAAUUCUGAGUUUAAAAUACAUAUGCACGAGAAAAAAGAUUUAGUAACUUAUAAAAAUAUUGUCAAAUAUUAUUUUUCCAGCAUGUAUUUUGAUCAUGUAAUUCUAGUAAAGCCUAAUGCUUUUCUUGUCAGUUUAAUAAUUUUUUAAAAUUUAUAUAUUAGCACUUAAAUUGUAAAUAUUCUCAGACAUGCCAACAAUUAUGAUUCAAUUGUAAUUGCUACGAAUUACCUCGUGUUAUUACGCAUUUACGAUUGCCAUCAUAAAAAUUACUAUUUUUCGCGAAAACUGAUGAUUUUCGGAAAAAUUUUUUUCCGUACCUGUUCAAAUCGCUCUACCUGAUAACUUUGAUCACUGAAGAUUGAUUAUUUCCGCGAGUGUUAGUUGAGUUUCAUUUCAUAACUUCAAUCAUACAAAAUCGACAGCUACGCCUUCGAUAUUAUCAUUUUACACAAAGGGAGGCCAUUUUCUUACCGCUAGUGCCAUUGUCCCACGCGGUCCCACACUAUUUCUGUUAAGUCUUGUAAAAAUUAUUUUGGGUUAUUGUUCCGCUUAUUUGAAGAAAUGGUGUACGCUUACGCAAUUUGUGUUGUGUAACUGAUGUUAUUGUGCAUCAGAAAGUUUGUUUGUUGUAAGUAAAAAAAAAAGAUGAAACAAUUUCUUAAAAAAAUGGAGAUAAUGCGGGUGGUGAUGGAAGUUCUAGGAACCCGAAGAUUGUGCAAAAAUACAGAGGAGAAUGUACAAAUGAGUGGCCAUGUUUACUUCAUUCAUUGAAGUCUUCAUCUCACGUGUUUUGUGUUGUGUGCACUCGUGAUUUUUCUGUGGCGCAUGGUGGAAGGGACGAAUGCCGCAAACAUGUGAGUAGUAAAAUGCAUGCCGACUUUGUUAAACUCCGAGAUUCCAACAAAAGCACGACGUUUAGUUAAAAACUCAGAGGAGAAAAUGUUGUGACCCAUGCCGAGUUGUUGUUUACAACUUUUCUAGUAGAACAUAACCUGCCUCUUGCUUGUAGUGACCACUCUGGCGAACUGUUCAAAAAGAUGUUUCCAGAUUCAAAAAUAGCUACUAAAUACGGCUGUGCUAGAACAAAAACUGGAGCAGUAGUUAAAAGUUUGGCGAAAUCAACAGAUGAAAAACUUACAGAAAUAAUGAAAUCCCAACCCUUCUCUCUCGCUACAGAUGGUAGUAAUGAUAUAAAUGAUAAGAAACUGUAUCCAGUAGUUGUCUCAUACUUUGAUAUAGAAAUGGGUCAUAUUUCAACUGUCCUUCUUACUACAUAUCCAGGAAUCACAUGAUAACACAGGGGAAGGUAUUUUAAAUUGCUAGAGGGUGAAUUGAGGAAGAGGGAAAUUCCAUGGGAGAAUUGUGUGGGUUUUUCUUGUGACAAUGCAAGCACCAUGACUGGUGUUUGUUAAGGUGUAAGCUCAUUUCUGUCCAAAGUAAAUAAAAACAUUCAUAUUCAAGGCUGUGCAUGUCAUCUAAUUCACUUAGCUGCUCAGAGAGGUUGUAGAGGUCUGGAAAAUGUCAAUGUCGAACAGUUUUUGAUUGACAUUUAUUAUUACUUGAAAAAAAGCUCUAAUAGACAGCAUAUUUUGAAGUUGUGUCAAAAAGUCUUCGGCAAAAAGCCUCAUAAAAUUUUGAAAUAUGUGUCAGUUAGAUGGUUGUCACUUUUACAAUGCAUUGAUAAGAGUCUUGGAGCAGUGAAACCCACUGAAAAUGUACUUCGGAGAAAUGGACCACGACAUGACUUCGAGGUUUCAUAAAGUGAAAGAACAGUUUGAAAAUCUCUCUACCAAACUUUAUCUUAUGUUUCUGAGCUCUCUUCUUCCGCUUUUCAACUCUCUUAAUGUAUUCCUUCAGCAGGAAAACCCAGUCAUUCAUCAAUUGCAUUCCAAGUUUAACAGUUUUUUUGUUUAUGUGAUUGUUCGGUUUGUCAAAGCUUCUUCAGUUCCACAGUCUGAGAAAGAUUUGUUUCAGGUGAAACUUGGAAGCGUUAAAUUGCAUAAAACUGAUGCUGAACUUGUCAUAGGAGCAAAAACUAGAGCUUACACGAGGGAAGUUAAUUUAACAGAAGAGAGAUUGAAGCUGUUUUAUGCUGAUGUAAGGUCAUUUUACACAAAAGUUUGUGACUACCUCUACAUUGCUAAGAAGUGGCCAGUUAAAACCAAGUUUUUAGAGCAU